AUGAUCUCCACCCGCACAGCGCUAGGUGCACAACACCCGCGCAUCUUGCGGCCUGCCACCCAAAUUCGCCGAAGCUUUGCGACGGUAUCACCCAUUGACCAUGCUGCUCGCAGUCACAAAGUCGUCGUAAUUGGAGGCGGUUCCGCCGGUAUCGCUCUCAGUCAUCAACUUCUACGAAAAGGCAACUUCACACAAAACGAUAUCGCCAUUGUCGACCCAGCACAAUGGCAUCACUACCAGCCAGGCUGGACUCUCGUGGGCGGGGGUUUGAAGAAGAAGGAAGACCUCAGAACGCCUCUUGACAGUUUGAUACACCCAAAGUUCAAGUUCUACAAUAAGAGCGUAGGCUCCAUUUCGCCCAAGGACAACUCUCUCACUCUUGGUGACGGCGACAAAAUCGACUAUGAGCACCUGGUUGUCGCGCCUGGUAUCACUGUUGAUUACGGCAGCGUAAAAGGCCUGCCCGAAGCUAUGGCCAACCCAAAUUCUCUGGUCUCGUCCAUCUACAACUACGACACCUGCGAUAAAGCUUUCCGCAACAUCCAGGAUUUCAAGAGAGGCGAUGCCUUGUUCACUCAACCCGCUGGAGUCGUCAAAUGUGCCGGCGCGCCGCAAAAGAUCAUGUGGCUCGCUCUCGACUAUUGGAAGAACGCAGGAUAUUAUAGCCCCGGAUCGGCGUCGCGUAUCAAAAUCGCGUUUGCUACAGGUCUCCCAAGCAUGUUCGGUGUGCCGAAGUACAGUGCGAAGCUGGAAGAGCUGCGUGUUGAGAGGGGCGUAGAAGGACUCUUCGAACACGACCUUACCGCCGUUGAAGGCCAGACUGCGAUCUUCACAGGCCCUGACAAGUCUCAAGUCAAGAAGCAUUUUGACUUUCUACACGUCUCGCCAAAGAACAAACCCCACGCCUUCGUCGCAGAAAGUGGUAUCGCCAAUGCCGCCGGCUACGUCGACGUCGACGACGCUACUCUACAACACAAGACCUACUCCAACAUCUGGUCCCUAGGCGAUGCUUCAUCACUCCCGACAUCAAAGACUGUCGCAGCCAUUACUGCGCAGGCACCACUUCUUGUCUCGAACUUGCUCGCAGCUCGCGAAGGCAAGAAGCUCGAGGCCGCGUAUGAUGGCUACACCUCAUGUCCCCUGCUGACAGGCGAGAGCAAGGUCCUUUUGGCGGAGUUCAAGUAUGGUGGUGUGCCGAAGGAGACAUUCAAGGAGUGGCUGGGUAUCGAUCAGGGAGUCCCGAGGCGGGCGUUCUACAACCUCAAGAAGGACUUCUUCCCUUGGGUUUACGGCAAGUACCAUGUUGAAGUAGGUACUCCAAUGUUGAUCUUGAUGGUGCAAGAGAAGUUGAACAAAAUAACCGGCGCAAAUGGAACGAUUGGUUAUGCAUGUGUGCUUGACGCACUAAGUAAGAGUUAUCGCGUUCGCUGCGUCGUACGACGCGAAGAUGCUUUUAACCCCAUCAAAUCAGGGCCGUCAAUCCAACAGUACCUGCAUCUGGAUCGCCUCGAAUGUGCCAUUGUUCCAGACAACGCCGCGGAGAAUGCAUAUGAUGAGGCUCUCGUUGGUUACGUUGAGAUCAAGUUCAUCCAGGCGGCGGUGACAGUAACAUGGCUGACCAGCCAGUAUCUCCAUCCGGAUGACGAAAUAUACACACCAUUCAUCAAAUCGACCAGGAAUGUCAUUGAGGCCGCUAAGAAGUCUGGCACUGUCAAGCGUGUUGUCUUCACGCAAGCUGGCGCAGGUCUGGUCGAUUCAGAAGUCGGCGAUACAUAUGGCAACAGUAUGGAACAAAUCUUGAAUGCAAAGUCGCAAUGUAUGAAAUAUCUCAACGACUUGCAACUCAGCAAAACGUUGCCUUUCAGCAUCGCCCAAGUCAUUCCCGGAACCGUGAUCGGACCAUCAGAAUUCGUCACCACGCGCUCUCAAGCUCUCAAGCACAUCGACCGCCAGACCAAAGCUCUUCUAUUCGACGACAUGAAACCACGCUACGCAUUUGGUUUUGUGCAUGUGCGAGAAUGCGCUGCCAUCCAUGUCAAUGCUUUGGAUGAGGAAAAGUGGCGCAGUGACGAUUUGCCGGCUUGGUACAUCGCUGCUGCGACCUCUGAGAGAGGGAUUGAUGGUGAGAGGAUUUGGGCUAGAGCUGUUGAGAUGGUCGAGAGAGACUUUGCGAACGAAGUGAAAGAAGGGGUAUUUAAAGUGGGCAGGAGUAAAGUGCCUAUCAACAUGCCGUAUCGUGUUGAUUCUGCUGAGACGGAAAAGAGGCUGUUGUCGGGUGUGCCGAUGAAAGGACUCAAAGAGUGUGUGAAGGAGGUUGCGGAGUGGUACGUGUCCUUGAAGGAUGAAUAG